AUGGCCGGCAACAAUGAACUCGUCCUCCUCACAGGAGCCACAGGAUUUCUUGGCUUCAAUACCCUCGUCGGUCUGCUCAAGAGUGGCUAUCAUGUCCGCAUUGCUGUUCGCUCCGAGCAAAAGCUGCAGAAGGUUCUCGCGACUCCUUCCAUCAAGACCUUGAAGCCAACGGAGCAGCAACUGUCUUGGAUCAUUGUUCCAGACUUUACAGUUGCUGGCGCAUAUGAUGAGGCUGUCAAAGGCGUCAAGUACAUCAUCCACGCUGCCUCGCCGAUUCCAACAUUUGGCGAGGGGACUGCGCCAGAGCAAUCGCAGUAUGAGGAAUACUUCAUCAAGCCCGCAGUGGCUGGAGCAGUUGGGAUCCUUGAGAGCGCCAAAAAGGCAUCAACAGUUAAGCGAGUGGUCAUCACAAGCUCGAUCGUCGCUAUCGUUCCAUUCCGAUAUUACCUCGGAGAAAUUGACGACAGGGUCUUCAAUGCCGAAGAUCGCAUCCCUGUUGCCGAAGGGCCUUACGGCUUCGAGUUCGAAGCAUACUCUGCCAGCAAGGCGGCAGCUUUGAACGCGACUGAAGAGUUCAUCAAGCGAGAACAGCCUGGGUUUGACCUCAUCUCCGUCAUCCCCGGCUGGAUCUUCGGCCGCGAUGAGCUCGUCACCGACAUCAAGAGCCUCACAGUCGGAUCCACAAACUCAGUUCUCGCCGGGCUGUUGGUAGGGGGCAAGAACGAAAUGGGAUACAACGGUAACUCGGUCCUGGGAGAGGACGCAGCCAAAGUCCACGUCCUCGCACUUGACCCCAAGAUCCAAGGCAAUCAAGCAUUCAUCACCUCUCUCGGUUUCGAAUGGGAGUCGGCGCUUGAUAUUCUCAAGAAACACUUCCCUGAGGCUGUUGCCGAUGGUCGGUUCAAGGUCGACGGCAAGCAACCAACUGUCAAGAUCAACAUCGAUUCUUCGAAAACGGAGGAGACGUUCAACUUCAAGCUGGCACCUUAUGAGACGCAGGUCAAACAAGUGGCCUCUCAAUACUUGGAGUUGCUAGCAUAG